AUUGUCUCUUUUCUUUGCCCACAGGCUGACACUGACAUACAAGUGAUUGAAGAGGCUGAGAUUUGCUGUUCCAUAAAGAUGGCACAAAGAAUGUAUGAAAGUGGGGAGGACGGCCGCUCAGUCCUGGGAAUGUUGGCAGUGCAGGUGGAGAAAGACCCACAGACAGGUGCCACCACCGUCAAGUCGGUGGCCCCCUUGUCCACACCAGCUGGUGCUCCAAUGGCCCCCACAGUCUUUGACGAUGGCAGGAAGAGUAUUCACACCAUCAGUGGGUCCAUGGGGCAUCCCUCAAUUGAAGAGCUUGGGCAGAUCUUGAGCGUCAUCGAUGGGGUUGGGAUGAAAGUGCUGCUGGAUGAGGUCACAGUCACACCGGACAAGCCAGAGAUAAAGAUAGAACAUGUAGAGGCCAGCAAUGCUCCGGAGGGAAAGAUCCCAUCUAUUUCUAACCAUCCUGCCGUGUCAAAAGAGAACAGCUUUAAAAGUGACGAUGUGGAAGCUACACUGGGACAGGAGGACUCUGCUGUAAAUGUGGUGAAUGUGAUGGACGAAGAAGAGGACAGAAGCAUGACAGUGGUUAGAGACAUUGCAGGAGAAGUAGAAAAUAUAGACGAUCAAAUGUUGGAUGAAGGUCCUGUAACCCUUGUGUUCCUGGGAUACACAGAUGCCACAAGUGGCCACAGUACAGAUGUGUGCGAGGGACAAGAGGACCAUGAAGGAAUGCUGAUGGCAGAACGAGUCAUAAUCACAGAUGAAGGAGAGGAAAUCAUUUUAGGAAGUGAAACAUGUCCUUCGCUACAGCCAACUUUAGAUGAAGCAGAGGCCAGAGACCAAAAAGUGGAGAAAGACUCCCAAGACAAAGUAUUUCAGAACGUUCCUCUGGAUGGAAAUGGAGCACAGGUUAAAGUCCCGGGAGUUGAAGGUGAAAAGGAGCUGCAUAAUUCAUCUUCAGCCAGUCGAGCAGAGGGAGAGGUCUCAUCCAAGCACAAGACGUGUCAAUGUUGCUCUGUCAUGUGA